AUGCAGGGCUCUGUCGUCCCAUUCAGCGAUGCCGCCGCCGCCGCUGCUGCUGCUGCUGCUGCUGCUGCCAGUGUGCACAGAGCUAGUCAGGGAAUUGGACGACGACCGGACGAUGCGACGGCCAUGUGUGUACUACUGCUGCUAUUACUCUCUGACCCCCCCCCCCGUCGUUCCUUGUGCCUCUGUGAGACGUGGCCGAGGGAGCCUGCGAGCGAGCGACUAGAACGAUGUCGUGUCGCCCGUGGUAAUCAAACUCGACUUUCCGACUUUCCAACCGGGCGCGUUGAUUCGAUGGCGCCUCGAUGCCGUGCCAAAGCCGCCUUUCCUCGUGGCUUCUGA